GGCAAACUGCACGCGUAAACGGUCAGCUGCCCAGUCAAUUUUCGGGUGCUGUGCGGGUUGUGUGCAUGAAUCAGCGGGCAAAAGUGCGAAUCAAGAUGUCGUGGAUGGGGACUGGUGGUGCCGGUGGCGAUGGGCCCUGGGAAGACGGCUACGAGUGUUCGUGGGAAGCUGCUGCAACCAACGUGACGACGCGGGGACAUAGGCGUCGAAGGGGCAGAGAGCUCUGCGAACUGUCUCCAGGGACCCAGUCAUCGCAGAGAAGAAUUCGCAGAGAGAAUGAGAGACAGCGCAGCCUUCAUAUGGCCUGCACGCUGAUGUCGGUGACGAGCCUGACGCCCGGCUGCGGUCCGGACGUGGUGCUGACCCGCUACCAGCGGCUCAGCCAGCUGGUGCGCUACACCGCCUUCCUGGAGGACGCCACCAGCGCGCUCGUCAAAGAGCUGGGUGUGCGGCUCAACUUCGACUGCAGCCCGGUGACCCGCCACAUCCGCCGGCUGCGCUACCAGAGCCAGCACGGCGCCGCCGGAGCCGCCGACCGCUCCCAGGACGAGACACUCGAGGUCAACAAACUGCUGGAGACGAUGUCAGCUGUAUGCGCCAGCCACGAGUGA